UACAGAAAAUGCAGAGUCACCUGUCAUUUGCCAAUUCGUCAAGAAGCAAACAAAUUUUCGCUUUUCUACAAUAUAUUUUAUAAAAGAAGAGAUAUGCCGCGUGUUGUGAAACUGGACAUCUUUAUCGCAGAGCAAAUUGGCAACAAGCCUGUGACGGAGAUCCCAGGAAUUGGCCAAAUACUGGGAUCGAAACUUUCGAAGGCGGGUUUCGAUACGGCUAGCAGUGUUCUUGGGCAGUUCCUACUCUUCAAAAUGAAUAAGGACUACUUCUGCGACUGGAUGAUUGAAAUCUGCCAGGCAAAACCUUAUAUUGCCGAAACUUGCUGGUGGAGCCUCUAUCAAUGGUGUGAAAACUUCCUAUGAGACCAUUUUCUUAUUGUUUUCUAAUUUAUAUUUCUGAAAACUUUUUUCGCUUUCAAGUAAAUGCAGAAUAAAUAUUCCUUUUUGUCUGCAGACUAACCUUA